CCGCAUCUCCCUCCCGCAUCUGCCUCCCGCAUCUGCCUCCUGCAUCGGCCUCCUGCUCUCGCUCUGCUCCCAUCCAUCCGCCUUCCUCCGGUAUCCCCUGCGCUCGUGCCCACAGGAUGUCGUCCCUCGCAAAGCGGAAAAUGACGACUGUCUCUCGCUCGGCGCAGAGACAGAACCCGCCGCAGCAGCUCGGCGCUGUCCUGCCCCAGCCCGCCAGGCUCGAUGCCCCGCUGCCGCAAGUCCCUUCCGAGGCUGAGACGGCCGAGCAGUUCGAGAAAAACGUCUUCCAAGCCGCACUUCGAUGUGCCAUCUCUCCUCUGCUCGAGACCAGCGCCAAAAAGCCCGAGGUGCCCAUCGUGGCUGCCCCUGUCCCGGCGCCGUCGACGGCAGAUGACAUGUCGGCGCUCUACUCUGACUUCCAGGACUUUCUGUCUCUCGGCUCAACGGCUCCGGCCGCACCGACGGUGCUUUGCCAAAUAAUUGGCGAGAGCCUGAUUAUGGAUCCGAGGGUCAUCAGCGAGCUGACGCAGGGUCUGGAGACCAAAGCCAAGAUUUUCUCCCAGAUAUCAAACCGCCCGAACCUGGCUGUGUUUUGCGGCACCGUCGAGCGUUUGCGGCCGAUGCUCCACAACAAGAGCCUUGUCACGAUGCUGGGCGACCUCUUGCGAUUGCUGGAGCUGAUUGCCACCAUGGCCGAUAAGAGCAUCUCCGAGCCUAACGAGGAGAAGCGUGACGAGCUGCUGCUCGAGACUGUCAGGCUGUUUGUCGCCCAAAUCAAGGAGGCCAUCUCCACCUCCGAGGCCCGUCUCAAUGUUCCCACCAAGAACUCUGGGCGAGAAUUCUUCCUCCUGAAGAAUGAACAGCUGCUGGCCAAGCACCUGAGCAAGUUCUACAAGUCCAACAAGAUGAUCAACUCUGUCCUGGGCAGCACAACCUCGGGCGAAUCCAAGACCUACAGCACUGGCGUGAGCCUCGCGGCCUGGCUGCGAGUCGUCUUUGAUGUCCCACAGCAGGCGCACACCGACGCCGAAAUCCAUGCUAAGAAGCUCGGAAGCGAGAAAAUCGCCUUCGCGGAGCUGCUCAAGAUCAAGGAAUAUCUGGACAGAGACGCCACGCCUUCGUCGAAGCCGGACGACUUUCCAUCCAUCGUCACCUAUCAAGCUUGGAAGACGGCCAAGAUGCAGUUAACCGAGUCACUCAUCAAGGUUCACCAGCUCCAGAACCCCGUCCUCCGAUCGGCCCAGGCCGCGCCCCAGCUGUAUCUGCCCGACGAUCCGCGCGAGUACUUCAAAACUCUGGUGGCGAAGUGUCUCGUUCACGAUAUCAACAGCUAUCCGAACGAGAAGAUUGGUCUGUCCAAGACCUCCAAGCUCCUCGUCAACGAAUGUGCCCUCCGCUGGUGCAUCUCGGAGGACUACAAGAAAAUCGCACAGCUCGAGAUCCUCGUUGAGAGCUACUCCGCCAAGGAGAUCGAGCUGAAGGACAUCUUUGAGAGCUUUAUGGAAAUUGCAAAGUCGCUUGGAGACCCCCAAACGUUCAAUGUUCUUGACUGCUCCAUCUACUUGACUCUGAUGAACACGCUUCGGAAGCAGCUGCUCCAAGAGUUUGAGCUGUUUCCCAACCGCCUCCGCAUCAAGGGCAGCAAGCCCGAGGACUCGGCAAAGUGGCUCUACGGCGUCACUGAGCUGCUGGGUCGCAUCCAUGCGGAUCCUGCCUGGCUCACGGCCCACCCCGAGAAACGCAACCCUAACGUCCUGAAAAGCGAGAUCGAGGACAUUAUAUGCACUGUUCUCAACAAAGAGUACCAAGUCAUGGCCGCCGACAUUGAGAAAAAGGAAGACGAUCUGGACCGCCAAAGCGCUUAUGCUGAGCAGAUCAGCGCGACCCUGUCGGCCUACGCCUGGCACUUCCCCGAUCCGAUCAUGGAAACACUUUCGCUUCGGAACCUGGCUUGCCGAAUCUGGUCCAACUACUUCCUUUGUGACAUGGAGUCCAUGUUCCUUGGCGGUGGCCGCGACGGCACCAUGGCGCAGCGCUAUAUCCAGGGCAGCACCUUUUCGCUCAACAUCAUCCUGGACCUGUACAAGGAUGUCAAGGCGCUCAAGGAAAAUUGCCAAACUGCUGGCCUCACCGAUAUGGUCGAGCGAUUCCAGCUGGAGCGGUGGUUCUUGCCUUUCAUUGAAAAGUGGCUGAGCGUCACCGAUGAGAAGUGGAUCGAGUGGGUGCGCAACUCGGUUGCCAUAGAAACCUAUACACCGUUGACUCCGCCCAACUGCAUGAACUCGACGUCGGUCACAGAUCUGUUCUCGUGCUUCCACGGUGGUCUGGGCUUCAUCAGCCAGCUUGAGUGGAAGGACGAGAAGCGCAAAGAGAUUUUGAUCAAGAACUUCAUCAGAAUGAUGAGCAAGACCCUCGAGGUUUAUCGCGCCAUGAUGUUGCAAGAGUUCCAGGACCUGGAACGUCGAGCAAACGACAAGGGCAGCGAUGUUGCGUCCCUCGAAUUCUCGACCAGCUCCUUUAUCAAGGUCAACAAUAUCUUUGCCUGUCUGACCAAGCUGGAGGAAGUCCUGAGUCUUCUCAAAGUCAAGGAAUUCGCCCAGGACGACGCCGGCUUUGACGCCGCCAAGCAUGUCGCCCCUGACGUUCCCAAAUAUACAAUCACGGUGGUGUCGGCCUACAACCUGCAGAUCUGCGACGUGACGACUUCGGACCCUUACGUCGUCAUCAACAUCGGCGACAAGAAGCUCAAGACCCGCAUCAUCGAGAAAACCUUGAAUCCCGCCUGGAACGAAACCUUUGAGCUCACCCUCCCGGGCGUGUCGCCGCUCCUGGAUGUGAUCGUAUACGACUACGACUGGCCCGGCAAGGACGAUGUCUGUGGAACAGGCGUGCUGGACCUGUCGGCGGGCACGUAUGACGACUUUUUGACGCACGACGUAACAUGUCCACUCAAGCCCCAAGGCAGGCUGACUCUGCGGGUCCGAAAGGAGGGCAUCGUCGACGACGUUGCUUGGUUUGUCUGCAAGGCGACGGAGGUGAUCAGGUUCGGUCUUGAAGACAUGCUCCGAAUCUACGUCGAGCAGGUGGCUCGAGUUGCCCGAGCGCUACUCGGCGACAUGAGCAAGCCCCAAACCAGCCAAAACUUCUUCAUGAAGCGCAGUGCCACCAAGUACACGACCGAGGACGAGGUUGAGGACGGCAUGGUCGAGCUCUUCCGGUAUCUCGACACCAUGCUGGGCAACAUCAACGAGUUCCUCGAUCCAGCCAUGACUCGGUUUUUGUAUCAACGCUACCCGCUGCUCAUGAAUAUCGGCCAGGACGCAACCUUCCUUGAUCUCCAGAGCAUCCCUGCCGACUCGGCCCUGACCAUCAACGCGCACAAGCCGCACAUGAUGGUCAAGGUGAUCUGGCAGGAGCUCGUGAAGCUGCUGACGACGGAGGUGAACGCCUUUGGCACGCAGGGCGAAGGCGCCAAGCAGCUCAAAGCCAAAACAAUCAAGAUGGGCGGCAGCAUCAAGCUCACAGGCGAGGAAAGAGAGGCGCUCUACAUCUACAGCGUCGCCCUGGAGCUGAUCAAGUCGUUCUUCUAUUGCAACGUCAACGGCACGCGCAUGGGUUUCAAGCUGGAGGAGCUCGAAGACAGCCGCUACAUCAAGCUGCGAAAGCUGAUGGACAAUAGCCUGGCUGCGCGAGACUAGUUGCCGCGCGGGAGACGUGCGAUCUGUGGCGGGCAUUGUGAGCGACGACCGCACGCGUUCCCUUCUGGUUGUGAAUCCCAACAAGAACUGCAGUUCAUCAAACGAUAUCGGGGCUGUUGGUGCGGAGGAGCACAACGGCCGCAGAGUGCGGGGCAUGAAUGAGAUCCAGGGAACGUGUGGAGCUUGGCCGGUGCAAUGGCGUUCCGAGGACCCGGCUGCAGGCCGACAAAAUGGGGCAGAUGGACCCACAGUAUCAGGGCUUGUGCGCCGGGGCGCAUUUGCUUGUUUGGCAACAGAGAGA